AUGGGUCUCUUUACUAGGAGAAGUCGUGCUCCCGCGACAAACGGCCACAGUCAUCGAGUUGAAAAGCGUCAAGCUCGUCAAGAUAGAGGUACUAGACGACCACUUUUUGACAUGGACUCCGGCCACUUCAAUCGACGACCGAGUUUCGGUCAAUGGCUGAAGUUCACGUGGCUUGACUUGGUCACCAUGGCUGUUAUGGGUGCAAUUGGACUGGGUGUCUACAUGGCAGACCCGGCCCCAAGCCGCUCCUUUCCCGUCACCUUCAUCGACGGAGAGAUUGUCUACCCUCAAUUCGCCUAUCCACUCCGGAAGGAAAUCAUUCCCAUCUGGGCAGCCGCUCUUUUGGCAGCACUCGUCCCUAUCUUCGUUUUCUUGGUUAUGCAGAUCCGCAUUCGCUCCUUCUGGGAUGUCAAUAACGCCGUCAUUGGCCUUCUGUACUCUUUGAUCGGCGCAGCUGUCUUUCAAGUCUUUGUCAAAUGGCUCAUUGGUGGCUUACGCCCACAUUUCCUGUCCGUUUGUGACCCCGAUCCAGCAAUGAUCCAAGCACAAGGCGGUAAAGGCUUCCAAGGAUUGAUGUUCCAGCGCGAUAUCUGCCGUGGAGAUAAGAAUCAAAUCAACGACUCACUUGAGUCUAUGCCCUCAGGACACAGUACAGCCGCGUGGGCGGGUUUUCUGUACCUGUACUUCUACCUCAAUGCCAAGAUGAAGGUCUUCAGCAACCACCACCCAGCCUUCUGGAAGUUGAUCGCCCUGUACGCUCCACUUCUCGGAGCAACUCUGAUUACUGGUGCCCUGACCAUCGAUGAGUUUCACAAUUGGUACGACUGUGUUGCCGGUGCACUGAUCGGUUCCGUAUUCGCCAUCUCCAGCUACAGAAUGGUCUACGCCUCUGUCUGGGAUUUUCGAUUCAACCACAUUCCGCUCACUCGGCAUACACCAUUCUCCUACGGCGCUGGCGCUGCAGGUGCAGGCGGUUUCGAGAGUUCGGUUUUCACACGCAAGGCAGGGUGGGGUUAUGAAGAGGCAUAUGGUGGUGCACCCUUCGAUGCAGCACAUGGCCUUCGAGGAACUGCCAGUGGUUUCAACACUGGUGCUGCUGGUGUCGCACCGCACUCAGAUGGUACUCAUCACAGCCACCUGGGACAUCGAAAUAAUGAUGUCGAACACAACGCUGCAUUGCCACAAACAAAUGGUCACCAUCACCACACUGGUAGCAAUGGAUAUAAUCAACCUCCACUGCCGCCUCAUAACGAUGGUUAUGUCAGCAACCCGGCACCAGUCGCUGGAACAGAUCCUCGAUAUUCGCAUCACCGCAAGAGUAUGGAACGCAAGGCCAUUCCAACCUGA